AUGGAGUUAAUUUAUGACUUGGGAUGGCGUUCAUAUGUAAUUAAUAUUGUUUAUCAAGCAAGACAUGGGCAGAGAGGUUUGGUGGCAGCUUUAGACAGAAUAUGCAAGUAUUUUUUUAGCAGUUUGAUCCUUUUUAGGAAUUUUAUUUUUAGUGAGACUUGUUCCGCAGCUCUAGACGGUUAUCAAAUUUUAAUUCUUUCUGAUAGACAAGUUGACAAAGAUUACAUUCCAAUUAGUGCGCUUCUGGCUACUGGGGCCGUCCACAUAUGUUUAAUAAAACAACGACUUUGUAUGAAAGUUGCAUUAAUUAUCGAGUCUGGUCAAAUAAAACAAGUUCACGAUUUUUGUGUUCUUCUUGGAUACGGUGCUGAUGCAAUUUGUCCCUGUAUGGUAUAUGAGACUUGUUAUCGACUUAGAACAAUGGGACUUUUGGAUAAAAAUGUGACAGACGAUGAUGUUGUACAAGGAUAUAAAGCAGGAAUUGAACGAGGAAUUUAUAAAGUGGUGGCAAAAAUUGGAAUUAGUACUUUACAUUCUUAUAAGGCUGUUGAUCGUUUAAAUGAUGCCAAGAGUUAUCAAGAUUUUGCGAUAGCUUCAAAUCUUGCUCAACGUCUUUGCAGCCUUCGUGGUCAACUGGAAAUUAAAACAAACACUAAACUUCAAAUUCCAUUGGAUCAAGUUGAACCGGCAUCAGAAAUUGUGAAAAGAUUUGUCACUGGAGCAAUGUCUUUCGGGGUUAUAAGUAUGGAAGCUUAUACAUCAUUAGUGAUUGCUAUGAAUAAGAUCGGUGCAAAAUCCAACAAAGGAGAAGGUGGUGAGAGACCUGAACGUUAUCGGAAGGAUCAAUCCAAAGACAAUAAUAUUAGGUCAGCAAUCAAACAAGUGAGUCUCAAAGAAAGAAUAAUAGGCAAUAUAAACCGUUGUUUUGGGGCCCGGCCUAGCUACGAGAUUUCUAUUCGUUAUGGAGAAGAAGGGUUGCCUGAGAGGCAUUCAUUGGAAAUUAAUUUAAAAGGAUCCGCUGGACAAAGUUUUUGUGCUUUUUUGGCAAAAGUAUUCACUGUCAGAUUGGACGGUGAGGCGAAUGAUUAUGUUGGAAAGUGCCUUUCUGGAGGUGAAAUAAUAAUUCGGCCAUACAAAAAUUCUAAUUAUGCUUCUGAAGAAAAUACAAUAAUUGGAAAUGUGGCUCUUUAUGGCUCAACUUCUGGGACAGCAUUCUUUCGAGGAUUUGCUGGAGAACGUUUUGCAGUGCGUAAUUCUGGUGCUACUUCUGGCAUCGAAGGUGUUAGUGAUCAUGGUUGUGAAUACAUGACUAGUGGACGUGUUAUUAUUCUUUGUGGAAGUGGGAAGAACUUUGCUGCUGCGUUGAGCGGUGUAUUGUCAGAGAAACUUGAAGUAAAUUUAUAG